CGUUCCACCAAUGUGACUCGACAACAUAUUGUUCUGCACACCUUACGGUGGGUGGCUUCCAGUCUGGAGACAGCUUCCGGGACUGUUUUCAAUCUGGCCAGUCCAAACACCCGUCGGCGAUCGUUCUAUCCAACUCCCCGAAGAGUGUCCAUGGCAUCUGGACCGCAAGUCAAUUCACCGUUUUUGCCGUCAGAUGCGACGCCGGAAUCCAUGUGUAUGGCGGUAAAAUUUUUAAAUCCUCCAGUGGAGACCGGUUUUUACGAAUAUGGAUCACGGAUGAAAAUACCGCGUACCGCAAUCGCCGAGCGUGUCGUCGGUCAACACGGAGAGGCGUAG